UGGUCCGACCUCAUCUGCUGUUGUUGUGGGUGGCACUUCAGUUUGAACCAGGUACUAGCAAGGCUAUUCUAUCGACGCGGUAACGUAACACUGGGAGUCAUCUAACCACUUCAUGUGAAAAACUCGGAGGAUAAAUGCUGCGAGUUUUACGCGUUUGGACUCGGUUACAUCGAGGCGAUCACGUUUGCCAUCGACCACAUCAGCAACGACACCAACUUACUCCCGAACGUCACACUAGGAUUUGACAUUCGAGACUAUUGCGACACCCCUGUUUUAGCCAUG